GACCAUAAUCCUGUUCAGCACAUUGUGAAGUGGUCAGGGUGAGAAGGAGAGUCAGACCAAGUCAGGAAGAAGCCAACAGGUGGUUUCCUCCAAGUCAGUGUUUCUUUGCAGCAUGGGGAAUUCUAAGAGUGGGGCACUGUCCAAGGAACUUCUGGAGGACCUGAAGUCCAAUACUAAGUACAACGAGGCCGAGCUGUGUGUCUGGUACCAGUCCUUCCUCAAGGAAUGCCCCACAGGCAGGAUCACCAAGGAGCAAUUUGAGGGCAUCUAUGCCAGCUUCUUCCCUAAUGCAGACCCUACUGAGUACGCAAGGCAUGUCUUUAGGAGCUUUGAUACCAACGCAGAUGGUCAACUGGACUUUAAGGAGUACAUUGUGGCCCUGCACCUUACCUCCGGAGGUAAGACCCUGCAGAAGCUAGAGUGGGCCUUCGCCCUCUACGACGUGGAUGGAAACGGAACCAUCAGCAAAAAUGAGAUCCAAGAGAUUGUUAAGUCAAUAUUUAACAUGAUCCCCGAGGAAGACCAAAAGGACCUGCCUGAAGAUGAAAACACACCUGAUAAGAGAGCAGACAAAGUCUGGGACUUUUUUGGAAAGAAAGAAGAUGACAAGAUUGCAGAGAGGGAAUUCAUUCAAGGAGUGAUGGACAACAAGGACAUCCUACGGUUGAUUCAGUAUGAUGAGCCCCAGAAAAUCAAGGACAAACUGAAGGAGAAGAAACAAUAGCUUUCCGACAAAAUCAUUCUUUUGAAUCCUAUAAGACUGUUCAAAGCUUAACUGUUUACAAACCCAACUCUCCUGCCAGACCUGGGCUCUUUGUGCGCUAGACAACAUUGGCUUACACAUUGAAGUACCGCACAUUGUGGUGGAUGACCUGUUUGUCUAUGAGCCACCUGGACUUUUCUUCCCACUCAAAUAACUGUUCCAUGCUCUAGAAUGAUGGGUAUUCUUUUCUAUUUCGUAAUGAAUUCAUGGUUUCCAGGAUUCUGUUGCCUGCUGCUGUGUUCACUUGCAUUCAUUAGUUUGAUAAAGAGAAAGCCACCAGGAAAGGACCCACUGGGCACACACUGGUUGAAUCAAUGUUGUUUCCAUGAUAUUUAAAUGAAAUUACGUUGAACCAACAUAGACUUGACAUCUGUGCCCAGUGGGGAGCUCCUUGUGAAGGGACUUAGGCUGAAGUUAACAAUCCCUGUCUUACUAUCAAUCCUAUUAGUAUGUGAAGGUCAGUUUAGAAACAUCCUGGCAGAGGUUUGUUAUCAAGGUAAUCAUGUCUAUAGAAUGUGUCUUAUAAUGUGCUUAGCAGGACUGAAACCUCAUACAAUGUACAGUAUUCAACUGGUAGAACAAAGGAAAAGG